GAAGAAAGAAAGAAGCCAGAUCGUCGUGUAUGAAUGAUAUGAUGAAACUCGGGUACCGUGCGCUUGUUUAGUUGCAAAUCAAACGGUUUCAAUUAAUUUGUUUGUCAACAGUUCUUUCCGUACCUAAUUGGAAAUGUUGUUAUCCGCCGUUCGAAUUCGCAGUGGCGUUACCCGAACGCUGUGCAGUCUUCCGCAGCGUUAUGCUAGUACCUGGCGCACGAGUAGUGUCGUCUGUUCUAGGAGAGCACAAGGAUCUUUUGUAACUCAAAGACUUCCCCAAACUCGUCGACAACCCUUUCUGACAGCUACAAGGGCUUUGGGCUCCGCUCCGGCAGGCUCCAGCAACGGCUCCGACGAUGGUGCUUCUGCGGCUCCUGAAGAAGACUUUGGCCCUAUAACCCAAUCCCUACCGGCUACGGUGGUUGUUCCAGAAGUUUGGCCAAACGUUCCUCUCAUAGCUAUCAACAGAAAUCCGGUUUUUCCGAGAUUCAUAAAACUAAUAGAGAUUACUGAUCCCCUGUUAAUGGAUGUUAUUCGACGAAAGGUUAAACUUAAUCAACCCUACUGUGGAGUGUUUCUGAAGAAGAAUGAAGAAAAUGAAUCCCAAGUUGUUAAAAACUUAAACGAUGUUUAUCAAAUUGGUACUUUUGUUCAAAUCCAUGAGCUACAAGAUGUAGGGGAUCGCCUACGAUUAGUCGUCAUGGCUCAUCGCAGGAUUAAAAUUAUAAAACAAAUUCCAGACAUUGUGGAAGAAGGACCUGAAGAAAUGAAACUGAAGUUCCCUAAUAACGUAACAGUUGAUGUUUUUGUAGAGGAUGUGGAAUCAGAGAGGAGAGGACUGCGAAAAAGACGGAAGAAACGGAACAAUCUCAAUGCGUCUGAAAAUGACUCUGUCAAAAUGGCCUCGGAGAAGUCUGAAAUUUCUGGCACUGAAACUACACCCAUUGAUGGACUCAAUAUUGAAAAAAUUGAUGUUACUGGACAAGAAUCUUCAUUUGAAGGGUCUAGUACAGAAGUCCCUAUAAAUGAACCACUCCUCAUGGUUGAAACAGAGAAUGUCACUCAUAAUACUUUCCGAGUAUCAGAGGAAAUCAAGGCAUUGACUCAGGAAGUAAUUAAAACAAUUAGAGACAUAAUUAAUCUAAAUCCCCUCUACAAAGAGUCACUACAUCAGAUGCUGCAUCAAGGUCAGAGAGUGGUUGACAAUCCUGUUUACUUAUCUGACCUUGGUGCUGCAUUAACUGGUGCAGAACCAGCAGAACUUCAAGCAGUUCUUGAAGAAAUGGAUAUCAACAAAAGACUUUUCUUGUCUCUAGCGCUGCUAAAGAAGGAGUUAGAACUUAGCAAACUUCAGCAAAAGAUUGGGCGAGAGGUGGAAGAGAAAGUUAAACAGCAGCAUCGUAAAUACAUUUUGCAUGAACAGUUGAAAGUUAUUAAGAAAGAAUUGGGUUUAGAAAAGGAAGAUAAGGAUGCUAUCGGUGAAAAAUUCCGUGAACGGCUUAAGGAUAAAACUGUACCUCAAGCUGUUAUGGAUGUAGUGGAGGAGGAACUAAACAAACUUGGUCUGCUUGAAAAUCAUUCCUCAGAAUUCAAUGUAACAAGAAACUACCUGGAUUGGCUGACUACUUUACCAUGGGGUAUAUCUAGUGAAGAAAACCUUGAAAUCAGCCGAGCUUCUGAGAUUCUUGAAGAAGAUCACUAUGGCAUGGAAGAAAUAAAGAAGCGUGUAUUAGAAUUUAUUGCUGUAAGUCAGUUAAAGGGUUCCACACAAGGCAAGAUCUUAUGUUUCCAUGGGCCACCUGGUGUUGGCAAAACUAGUAUUGCAAGAUCCAUUGCAAGAGCUCUCAAUCGAGAAUACUUUAGAUUUAGUGUUGGUGGAAUGACAGAUGUAGCUGAAAUCAAAGGCCAUCGUAGAACGUAUGUAGGUGCAAUGCCUGGGAAAGUUAUUCAAUGCCUUAAAAAGACCAAAACAGAAAAUCCCCUAAUACUCAUUGAUGAGGUUGACAAAAUCGGCCGAAGUCACCAAGGUGAUCCUGCGUCUGCUCUGUUAGAACUACUUGAUCCAGAACAAAAUAAAAAUUUCCUAGACCAUUAUUUAGAUGUUCCUGUAGAUCUUUCAAAAGUACUGUUUAUUUGUACAGCUAAUGUAAUAGAUAGCAUACCUGAUCCUUUACGGGAUCGAAUGGAACUGAUAGAAAUGUCUGGUUAUGUUGGUGAAGAAAAACUUGCCAUAUCGAAACAGUACUUAGUUCCGCAAGCAAUGAAGGACUGUGGGGUGACUGAUUCUCACGUUGCUAUUACGGAUGAUGCACUUAACACAAUAAUUAAAUCAUACUGCAGAGAAAGUGGAGUCCGUAAUUUACAGAAACACAUUGAGAAGGUUGUACGUAAAGUUGCUUUUAAAAUAGUGAAGAAAGAGGGUGAUCACUUCAAUGUUGAACCUAGUAAUUUGCAAGAUUUUGUUGGCAAACCAGUAUUUACACAUGAUCGAAUGUAUGAUACAACACCUCCUGGAGUUGUGAUGGGGCUUGCAUGGACAUCAAUGGGAGGAUCUGUCUUGUUUAUUGAGACCACUAACAGGAAAAGUCUUCCUGAGAAUAGUGAAGAUAAGAAGGCUGCUGGUGCAGGCUCAAUGGAAAUUACUGGUCACCUUGGGGAUGUUAUGAAAGAGUCAGCAAGAAUUGCAUUGACUGUCGCACGUAAUUACCUUUCUGAAAAAGAUCCAUCAAAUAAAUUUUUAGACAAUGCUCACUUACAUCUUCACGUUCCUCAAGGAGCUACUCCAAAGGAUGGACCUAGUGCAGGUUGUACCAUAGUAACAGCACUGCUGUCUCUUGCAAAAAAGAAGCCUAUUCUUCAGGAUGUCGCAAUGACUGGAGAAAUUUCUUUGACAGGCAAAAUAUUACCUGUUGGUGGUAUUAAAGAGAAAACAAUUGCUGCCAAGAGAGUUGGUGUGAAAACAAUAGUUAUUCCUGAAGAGAACAAAAAAGAUUUUGAUGAUCUCCCGAAAUACAUUAGUGAUGGUCUUGAUGUCCACUUUGUCGGUGAUUACAGACAAGUCUAUGAAAUCGUCUUCCCUGAUGAAAUUUAAAAAGUAUUUGUUCAUCUUUUAACACCAAAUAGUAUCCAUACAGGUUAGGAUGUACGCAGGAGUGUUGAACAUAUAUAGUUAUAGAAUAAUUUGAGAGUAUUAGAACCAUUCAGAUUUGUUUUUCUUUGCAUGUUUAAAGAUGUAUAUCAUAAUCUGUUUUCUGUCUACAAGUUUCUAAGGAUUGUUGACUGAGUGAAUAGACAUUCCUAGCCUAGCAAAUUGAAUUCAAGCCAUUCAUAGCAUGUGUAUUUCAAUAAUUUCAAGGUAUUGCCAUAAAUAUCUUUUUUUUUUUUUUGUGAAACAAAAUAUGUUUUGUAUGCAAUUUUCAUGGAUUUCUGUGUCAAACUUUACUGCCCAAUUGAUUGUGCCCACACAUUUAGUGGUGUGGUCAAGGUUGUUUUUAUAGGCAAUAAUGUGAAGAUUUGUUCAAUAAUAUCUGCUAUAAAAGCAUGGAGUAAAGAGAAGGAAGAUGUGAA